GUGAAGAGACACAGAUAUAAAACAAAAAGAAACCGAGAGAAAUGGGAUUGGGAAGAACAUCGUUGGUUUUAUACAUUCUCUUCAUCCUUCAUCUUCAGGACAAUUUUCCUUCAGUUAGCUCACGAGCUUCAUCAGUUGAUAGGAAACACGAGACUCUUCCUUUCAAUGCAUCAAAGCCAGACGUUAUUGGGUUUGCAGGAAAGACUCGGGAGCUAGCUGUCGUUAUCAAAAGAAGAGGCGGUGGCGGUGGCGGUCGAACCCGAUCAAGCGGUGGAGGACGUGUAGUUCCCGUUCAUGCUGGUGGUGGUGGUACCGGUGGAUCGCAUCGUUCAAGCGGCAGCCGGAAUCUUCGAGUGGCAGGGUGUGCGGUCGGUUGGUUGGUAUUAUCGGUUUUAGCCGGUUUAUUCUUGGUAUAGAAAGGUUAAGUAUUUGUUGGCCGUAUAUUAAUGUUUAUUCUUGGUAUAUAAAAAGGUUAAGUAUUUGUUGCACCACACACACUCAUAACUACGGUAAUAGAAUACAUUUUCAAAGUUAUUCAAGACACGCAGUAGCGUUGGAGGAUAAGAGUUGUGGAGCGGGGUUUUGGAUGUCCGUCAAAAGCUAUAUCAUGAUCUUAGAAAUCAUGCCAGAGACUUCACUGUCCGAAUCUAGACACCGCUGAUAUUCGAAUUUCCGAGCAUAUCAUAAUAAAUCUCAUAUCGGAUUAUGGAUUAUAAUUUCAACACAUCUGUAUCCCAUGCUUCCAAAGUUUUCAAAAUAUAUGUGUGAAAAUU